AUGCUUAUCACCGAUAUGUCUGAUAAUCGCUUGUUUUUUAACCCUUCCAGUCUGCAACCACCCUCACCACUUUUAUGUCCCAUCAUUUUUACCAGUUCCACUAACGCUCGUCUCACUUCCUCCCUCCCAAUUUCAUUUAUCCAACGAGCAGUUCGGUGGGAUUAUAUCCGGGGCCAAAUUGGACCCCGUGACAUUUCCAUUUUUGGCUCUUUCUGCCAGUCGCUGUUACAUGACGAGUUUUCUUUUUGUCACUUCUCAUGCCGGCCGCCAUUUUCCCCAUCCAAUUCAAGGCAUAACUAUUCGAAUCUCUUGGCGCCCUUCCGCAGAGCCUUUUUCUGUCCCUUUCUUAAUCGUUUCACUCGGUCUCUUUCGCCCUCCUCCUUUGUGCCACUUUCCGAGACGGCCGAGUAUCCUUUCACCUCGUGUCGACUUGCAGGUUUUCACAGUUUCCCUGAUCACGCUGGAAUCCCGGAGGGUUCAUUCGAGAAUGGCCCAUCUCUUUAUAGCCUCAACAAUAUUCACACCCUACCACACAUGUGUCCAGACCGCACAGCUGACUGA